AUGCUAACCACUCUUGUAGGAGUCAUCGUUCGAACGGCACCAAACACACUCUCGUUCGACUCCCACGACACGAUGCCAGAAAUAUACGGGAUCAAAGCCAACGUCCGCAAGGCCAAUGAGUGGGUUGCCCUCAGCGCCAGCCGCCGCACCCCGAAUGUCCUCAGCGUUGUGGAUAAACAACUACAUGCGUUCAAGCGCCGGACGCUAGCGCAUGUAUUUUACGACCAGAACAUGAAACAUAUUGAGGACCGGAUCAUCGAGAAGAUCAAGGGAUUCACCGAUCUUUUAGGCUCGGCUGAUGAUGGGUUGCCCGUCAAGGAGAAGAAUAGCUGGGGGAGUCCUACACCGAUGACGAAUCCAUGCAACUGGCUGUCCUUCGACAUUAUCAGUGACCUCACAUACAGCCAGAGCUUUAAUAUGCUCAAGUCCCCGGAGCUGCGCUGGGUUCCCGAGGUCUAUACCAGCAUGUCCUAUCGCAGUAUGGUGUGUCUUAUCCAACCCAAAAUCUUUGAAUGCAAACUCGACCGCGUUCUCCUUGCACGGCUUUACAAGGAAAUCAUAUCUGCGGGCACCUGGAUCUACGAACGCACCAAGACACGGCAAUCCCUCGGAGUGAACCCCGACAAGAAGGAUAUCUUCUCGAUCUUGAUGAACGCAAGAGACCUCAAGACGGGCUCGGAAUACAAAACCAAGGAUCUCUGGAUCGAAUCUAUAUUGCUUUUGGCAGCAGGCGCAGACACAACCUCGGCGACCAUGAGUGCCGCCUUCUUCUACCUCCUCCACAACCAAGCCGCACUCUCCCACCUCACAGCCGAAGUGCGAGCAACAUUCACCAGCGAAGAUGAGAUCCGCAUGGGACCGAAAAUGAAUUCCUGCCGCUACCUGCAAGCCUGCAUCAACGAAACCAUGCGUCUCGUCCCCGCCGUCCCCAACCUCUCCCCGCGCCGCGUGCAAGCCGGCGGCAUCACCGUCGGCGGCGAAUACAUCCCCGAGGGCGUCAACAUUGGCACCUCGCUCUACACACUCAUGCGCAACGAGCACUAUUUCCAGAAACCCAACGAGUUCUGGCCCGAGCGCUGGUUCGUCGAUCCCGAGGCUGGCGUCACGCCCGAGUCGCUGGCGCUGGCGCAAAAGGUCUUUUGUCCAUUUGGAAUGGGGCCGCGCUCGUGUGUCGGGUGGAAACUGGCGUGGCUGGAGCUGAAUGUCACGCUUGCGCGCACGUUGUUUUUGUAUGAUAUGCGGCUGCCGUUGGGGACGGACUCUUUUAACAAGUCGACUGCCGCUCGCUCGGAUUAUGACUUUCAGGCGUGGGCUAUUGCGUCGGGUGGAGGACAUAGGGCGCAAUUCCGGAGGCGGCAUGACUUGCAAUGA